AUGGUUGCAAGUCCGGAGAAUACUGACUAUGAAGCGGACACCUUUGAAGACGCACGAGAUACGGCACAAGACAGUGAUAACCAGGGCUCGUCCAAGGCUCCUCGAUCUCUGACGGACAGGCGGCCUUCCAACGGGUCUACAAGGCCUCCCGCUACUCCUAUAGCUACCGAGCUACCUCCGCUACCGUUGACCUCUCCUGGAGAAGAGGAUGGGGAGAGCUCUAUCAUAACCUCACCUAUAUCACAGGCGGGGGAGGAUACGCCUAGGAAAGAGAGACGAGUAAAGUCACCGCUGUUGACGACUCAUCGUCUGUCAUCUUCCUCCCUAGAUGACGUGAACCUCUCGAAUUCAAAGGAGGACGAGAAUAUCGGCACGGGGCCUCCCUUGUCUCCUGACCAACACUCGGACGUUCCUCCACCACUUCCGGCUAGAGAUUCACCACCCAAGGAAACACGUCCACAAGGCCUGUCAGCCGCUAUUCCAUCUGUUCCUUGGGGUGCACCUCCUGUGACCAAGUCUCUGCCACCAGUUCCCCCGAAUGCUGCCGCCCCUCCUUCGAGAAAGCUGACAAGCCCCUUCUCCUGGCUGUCUAGAGGAAACACAAAGGAAAGCAAGAACGCGCCAACGAAUGGAACAAGGCGGAACACAGGAGCCUCGGUGUCAACGAUCAUGAGCAACUCUGAAAAUCCGAAUCGGCUCCACGAAGGAAGUGACGGGGAAGUCGGAAGCCAAGACUCUCGGGGCCAGGUACGGAACAGCUUAAAGGACCAAUUCAAGCUGCUAAGGUUGCAGGACGAGGGUGCUCCCGCUGGAUCUGAUGACCGGGCCAGUAUCGGGUCUAGAGAAGGGAAAGGCUCUCGCUCGUCUGUUGGUAGCCCGGGGCUUGAUACAGGGGAAGCUGCUGCCUCGGCGGCCCCACUACCAUCCCCCGGAGCAACAUCUCCACUUCCCUCCACCGUCAACCCGGAGCUACCACCCGGCACCGUAUCUGGAUUUUCAUCCUCCGCUACUGAUGCCUCGACGCCGGUUGACUGGGAGCUCUGGCAGCAAGUUGUGAAUCAUGGCCCAGAAGCCUUGGCUGGAGAGAACUCGGAGAAAUUAAACGCAGCUAUAAAACGAGGUAUACCACAGACAAUCCGUGGGGUUAUAUGGCAGGUACUUGCCGAUAGUAGGAAUCCUGAGUUGGAACAUGUAUAUCGGGAGCUUUGUGCGCGUGGCACGGAGAAGGAUCCAAGCCGAAAUCUCAGCUCAACCUCCAUAGUAUCUAUCAACGGGAGCUCAGCUGGAAGUCCAAAAGAAAGGGAAUCUAUUGCGUCUUCUCGUUCUUCUAUACGCUCUGAUAUCUCUACCCAAGCCACGGGCUCUGUCCAUGGAACCGCUUCCGGCUCCGUGUCUGAAAAGGAUAGCGAAUCAAUAGCCAAGGCAAAGGCCGCUCUAGAAGCUGAACGUAAGAGAAGAUCAAAAGAAGAUGCGGCUGCCUUACAAAAGCUUGAGAAGCAAAUUCGCCGAGACCUUGGCUCUCGCACCAGUUAUUCAAAGUAUUUCAUGUCUCAGCGCAAUCAGGAAGGCUUGUUCAAUAUUUGCAAAGCCUAUGCUCUAUAUGACUCAGGUGUUGGUUAUGCCCAGGGGAUGAACUUCAUUGCUAUGCCUCUCCUAUUUAAUAUGGAUGAUGGUGAAGCAUUUACUCUCAUGGUAAAGCUUAUGAACAAAUAUGGAAUGCGAAACAUGUUCAUACAGGACAUGCCAGGCCUUCAUCUCCACCUGUACCAGUUUGAACGCUUACUAGAAGACCUACAGCCAGCUCUUGCUUGCCAUCUGCAUCGGCGUGGUGUUUCCCCUGGGUUAUAUGCCACCCAAUGGUUUCUCACUCUCUUUGCUUACCGCUUCCCACUCCAGCUCGUGCUCCGCAUAUACGAUUUAAUAUUCGAAGAGGGCCUUGAAAGCACCAUCUUACGAUUUGCUGUCGCUAUCAUGCAACGGAAUGUCGAAACACUCCUUGCUAUGAAUGAUAUGACUACCUUGACCAACUUCGUGAAAGAAAAGGUCUUUGAUGUAUACAUUGAUCAGCAGCCAACUCCGAGCUCAAUCCUUGAAUCCGGUUUCUUCGGUAGCUCAGGAGCAAAUGAUAAAGAGAUUUACCGUGCUGAUAUCAUGGUUGAGGAUGCCUGUGCUAUUCCUCUCACGCCUGAAAUGAUAAAGACGUACACCGCUGAAUGGGAACAGAAGACUCGAGCGGAGAAAGAGCUUGCUGAUGAAUUAGAGAAUUAUAAGCAUACUAUCUCUAGUCAAGCCAGUCGCAUACGAUCAUUGGAAGAGCAUGCAGAGAAGUCAGAUAAAGAACACGUUCAAAUAGCAUCUGAACUUGUUCGUGUCAAAGUUGAGAAUGAAGAGCUGAAGGAUUUGAAUGAAAGUAUGAAGGUCGAAGUAGUUGAGCUAAAGGCAGUGGUGGAUAAACAACCCGCAGAGCUCGAAGAGAAGCUCCGAACCGAGAUGGAUCGUAUAAUGCAGCGAAACAUUGAAGUGCAGAAUGAAAACCGAUCAAUGGAGGAACAAAUGGCUGAGAUGGAGAAGGAUUUGGUUGAGACAAAAAUGAAAUGGGCUGAGCUAUCGGAGAGCUAUGAAACGCUCCAGCAGAAACUGGGCGAUUUACGCAAGACCUUGAAUCAAUAA